AGCACUUGAUUUUAGACAUGGGCAAGCCACUACUGUGGUAUAAUGGGAGACUCUUCCUGCUUCUCCUGUUUAUGCCAGCAGUUCUGGGCUGGGGAGAUGAAGGCCACUAUGCACUUUGUAAAUUAGCAGAGGCAUACCUUAGUGAAGAUGCGUUGUUUGCUGUGAAAAAAUUGCUUCCUGCUUCUGCUGAAGGUGAUCUUGCUUCACUUUGCACUUGGGCUGAUGACAUUAAACGUCAGCCUGACUAUCGCUGGAGUGCUGCUUUACAUUUUGCUGACACCCCUGAUUACAAGUGUAACUAUGAAUACUGCAGAGACUGCCAUGAUUUUUAUGGAAAUAAAGAUCAAUGUGUCACCGGAGCAAUAUACAACUAUACAACGCAGCUCCGAUCAACUUAUGCAGGCAAAAAUUCUGUUUUGAAAUACAAUUUGACUGAGGCACUCUUGUUCUUGUCACAUUUUGUUGGGGAUGCUCAUCAGCCCUUACACCUUGGUUUCAUUGGAGACUUCGGAGGGAACACAAUGAAACUUCAUUGGUACGACAAUCAAACAAAUCUUCAUAAAGUAUGGGAUGACAUGAUUAUUGGUUCUGCUAUGGGAAGGUUCUACAACUCAGAUCUUUCAACUAUGAUACAAGCCAUUCUGGCGAACAUGAAAGAUGUUUGGUCCAACGAUGUAGCGACUUGGCAAAAAUGUGCACAUAACAUCACUGCUUGUACCGAACGGUAUGCUUCUGAAAGCGUUAGUUUAGCAUGCAAUUUUGCAUACACGAAUGUCACAGCAGGAGGCACUUUGGGAGAUGAGUAUUUCCUUUCUCGGCUUCCUAUAGUGGAGAAAAGACUGGCUCAAGGUGGUGUGCGCUUGGCUGCAACCUUAAACAGCAUCUUUGUUCCUCACACAAGAAUUGCUCAAGCUUAAAGCAAAAUAUGCAUAUGGCAGUUCUUAUUGUAUCAACUAAUGAGUAUUAGAGUCCUCUAGUUUGGUUUUGUCAUUUGUGUGUGAAACUGCGUCUGCGAAUUUAUGUGGGUUGAAUGCUUGUAGUCAGAAAUUAGUGUUCGCAGUGUGAUUCGGUAAAUUGGUUAAGAGUUCAGUAUGCUAUAUAAUAUAGAGUGGAGAAGAGUGUAGUUGGAUGUCUGAAAAUGUUGGGACAAGCCUAAUUAUUAUGUACGUGUGUUUUAAGUGUU